CAGAGUUCCCCAUCGGCCAAAAGAAGUUGGCUGGGUCAUGUUCAAUAAAAGGAACAGAUACAUGUUAUACAUGAGAUAUUUAUGAAAGGUUUUUAUUUUUUUAUCUUUUCAUUUUUGAUGAUUAGCUUCUGGAGAUGGAAUGAGUCCAUGAUGAGCCGAUCGAAUGAAGAAUUGUUUUUCCCUUUUGGUCCUUCUUUUGGAAGUUGUUUCUUAUGGAUUGUAACUGUUGGUACUGUAGAUAUUGUACAGAUGUUAAGCAAUUGAACUAGUGUGUGUGAAUGUGAAUACAGGUG